AUGGGAUGCUUUCGGAAGUCUGCUGCUACGAUGAUCGGCGUGCUCCUCCUCCUCGCUUCUCAAGGUGGUCUUGCUCGUGCCAAUUCGUGCAUGCAAUGUUCCUCUCGAUUUGAGUUUCUCUUCCAUGUUCGUUACAUCCCGACCGCCGUGCAUUGUUAUGGUGUUAUUGUUGUGCAAAUGACGUUAUUACAUGCAUGCAUGUAUGCUAAUCAAAUGCAUGAUCGGUGGCUAACCAAACAUCGUACUGAUCACUGCCCAGCUGGAGUCGUUUCUGGUGAUCCUCCAUCUUCCUCCUCGGCGGUGAAGCAUGAGACGUCGUCGCACGUCCGCAAGCUGCUCGUUAGCACCACUGACCCACGCGGCGCCGCGGUGAACGCGGCGGCGGAGACGAUGAUGAUGUCGCCGGACGACUGCUCGGAAGAGGUCGUGGAGGUGUCGCAGGACAACGGGGGGCCUCUGCCGAACGGCAUCCCGUCCUACAGCGUGACGAUCACCAACACGUGCCUGGGCUGCACCGUGCGCGACGUCCACGUCUCCUGCGGCGAGUUCGCCUCCACGGAGCUCGUCGACCCCAGCGACUUCCGCCGCGUCGCAUACGGCGACUGCCUCGUCAGGGACGGCGGCCCGAUGGGGCCCGGCGAGACCAUCUUAUUCGAGUACUCCAACUCCUUCCUUUACCCCAUGGACGUCGCUUCCGUCUCCUGCGGCAAUAUAUAG